AGAUGACGUCAGACGAGUGACUGGGCAGGACAGAGCGUGCGCGCUGGACGCAGUGACAGUGGUAGCGCGUGCACUCGGGGUAAAGAUGGGCAACGUUCAACCUACAGUCCUUCCCUAUGAGGACUUUGAUGUGGUGGCAGAUAUUAAGGAGAUCCGUAAAGCCUGCAAAGGAAUGGGCACUGAUGAAGAGGUCAUCAUCUCCAUCUUAGCUAACCGCUCGUCAGCCCAGCGCAUGGAGAUUAAACAAGCGUACCUUGAGAAAUAUGAUGAUAUGAACAGAACUGAUUUCCCACAGGAGCUGGAGGAGGUGCUGAAGAGCGAACUGACGGGAAGUUUUGAGAAAGCCAUCAUGGCCAUGCUGGAUCUUCCUCACGUCUACACCGCUAAAGAGCUGCGGCGAGCCAUGAAGGGAGCCGGAACAGACGAGGAUGUGCUGGUGGAGAUCCUGUGUACCAGCACAAACCAGGAAAUUGUGAAUAUUAAGGAGGCGUACGCUCAGGUCCACGAGCACGACCUGGAAGCUGACAUCGAGGACGACACCAGCGGAGACGUGAGAAACUUGUUGAUUUCACUCCUUCAGGCUAGCAGGGACGAGGGUUUCGACGUGGAUGAAGAACUGGCUGAACAGGACGCCACGGCUCUGAUCGAGGCUGGAGAAGGACGCUUCGGCACGGACGAGUCCACUUUCACCUACAUCCUCACUCACAGGAACUACCUGCAGCUUCAGGCCACCUUCAGAUAUUACGAAUCUAUGUCUGGGACAGAUAUCCUCGAUGCUAUCAGCAGUGAAGCCACAGGGACGUUAAAGGACUGCUACAUAACUCUGGUUCGCUGUGCUAAAAACCCACAGCUGUAUUUUGCCCGGCGCCUGAACGCGGCCAUGUCGGGCGCAGGGACGGACGAGGACACGCUGAUCCGCAUCAUAGUGGGACGCUCCGAGUUGGACCUGGAGACCAUUAAGGACAUGUAUCUGGAGAAGUUUGACGUGACGCUGAAGGACGCUCUGAGCUCGGACUGCGGCGGGGAUUUCAAGCGCCUCCUGCUGGCCAUCCUGCACUGAAGCGCUAAACAGGGCCGACAUUAAUCCCAACAUCAGGAACCAACCUUCUCAUCAACACUGCCUAGAGGAAUCACACACAGGCUGUGUUCCAAUACUGCUUUAACACGCUCUCGUCCACUUCCCCUCCAUCCGACACACAAACGCUGACAGAUCUCACGCUUAUAUUUAGAGUUUUACUACAAAUCCUGUUUUUUCUCUUUUUAAAUACUCUCAAACACAAAUUUAGAUAUUUGGAAAAAACUUCAGUGUCCGAGCUCUUACCUACGAGAUUAACAUGCAAACUACUAAAAUACAAAUUCUAAUUUUUGGACAUUUUUAUUUACUAGUUAAAAAAAAUAUCUAAAAAUUAACUUUAGAUAUUUUUCCUU